GUGGUCUAACGCGGCAGACUUGAAUUUAUUACAAUCAACAUCUGUUCUCUUCGGAGGCGCAGGUUCGAACCCUGCUGUUGUCGAAUCUUUUGCGGCGGGCAACAGGAAAGGCUCUCCCGGGGCGUCAUCCGGGGUCCACCUGCCCCUGUUGUGUCAGCGGAUUCCGCCAGGGCAGGCCAGCUUCCGCGAUCGCGAUCGUCCACCCGCGUUAAUCUUCGGCCGCUUCGGAUCACUACCCUCUCCCCAUCUCUCUCUCUGCAUUGCCCAUUCUCUUUUCCUCCUCUCACUGCUCACAAUGGGCUCCCCCCUCACUGUCUUUCUCACCACCUACAACACUGGUCUCCAGGGCAGCCGCGCGCAGGAGCAGGACUUGAGCUCGUGGCUCAUUCCUCAGCUGCACAAGGCCGCUGCCGAAGCCGCCACCCCCGACAUCUACGCCAUCGCAGUGCAGGAGCUCCUUCCGCUGCACCUCGCUAUGGCCGGUCUGUCCCGCCCCGUGCUCAUCGCACUGACGGAGCGCAUCGAGGCUCUCCUCUCUGCCCAUGCUACCUCCACAUCCCCCGGCAAGGUGAAGGAGAGAUACACCCUCGUAUCGCGCGAAUGCCGGGUGGGUACUGCGCUAUGGGUCUUUGCGCGCGAGAGCACAACCGCUGGGAGAAUUGGCAAGGUCCUCCGCACCAGCGUGGGGCUAUGGCGACUCGGCAUGGGCAACAAGGCGGCGGUCGGCGUGCGCAUGCCCAUCAAGCGAGGGAAGGAUGGCGGCUGGGAGGUCCUCACCUUCAUCUCAGCUCACCUCGAGGCCCACGACCACAACAUUAAGGCCCGCAAUGAGCAAUACAACACGAUCCUUUCCUCCCUCGUCUUCCGUGGCGGGGAUCCGCUCUAUCGCUUGCAGCCCUUCCAGCCGCACCACACCUCCCAUCUCUUCCUCAUGGGCGACCUCAACUACCGCCUCGAGCGUCUGCCGGGCCACUACCCCCGAGAGACUGGCGAUCUGGUACAGCUGGAGCGUGAGCGCGCCACCCUUGCGUCCCUCGACACGCUCAAGCGCGAGCAGGCCGCUGGCCGCGCUUUUGGUGGCAUGCGCGAGGGUGACCUCACGCGCUUCGCGCCCACAUACAAGCGCGUUGUGGGGCAGGUGGAGGGAUACUCUGAGAAACGUAUCCCGGGCUGGACCGACCGUAUCCUUAUCGCGUCGUACUCCGACCCGCCCUCCCUGUACGCCCCCGACGCUGUUCCCGGCAUUGCGCCAGAUUAUACUACCCAAAUCCUUCAGUUCACCUCCUCGCCCGAGAUCACCAUCUCCGAUCACAAGCCUGUCCACGCGCUCGUUGUGCUCCCACCUGUCGCGCAUAAUGCCUUGAACCCCAUCCGCGCUCCCAUGCUCGCGCCGCCGCCGCCACCCUCGCGCCCUCGCCCUAUCCCGCGCACAGAGGAGGACUUGUUCUUCUGGUGGAUUGUCGGAAGCAUCCUCGACCGCGCGGUCGGUCUUCCGUGGUCCAUUCUCGUGCUCCUCGGCUUUGGAAACCAAAAGGCGGGGAUGGGCGUGAGCGCGUUCCUGGCCAUGUUCUGGGGUGUGUGGUGGAGCGGCCUCGUCGGAGGCUAUUUCUCUAGCUAGAUCAUACAUGCUCAUCUGAGUGAAUACAGGUUUUUACAUACAAUGUGAAUGGUUGUUCGAUGAGACGGUAU